GCAUGCGCCUCCUCUCUUCACAUCCUCCAAGCGCUGAAGCUAAGUACGGACUACGCCCUAGGAAACUGAUUCUAGGCUGGGGGAGUUCCGCCAGCUCCCGUGCCCAGAAACUUCAGCACCUCAAGGGGCGGACAGCGCUCUAGCAGUCCUUCCAGACAACUUCAGCAUCUUGGAAAGCCCUUUCUUCUCUUCAGCUUCCCCGGCAGGUGCAGAACGGAACAGCCUCCUCUCAGUCUAUUCUCCCUCCCUUUCCAUUCCUUCUUCCUGUUUUUACUCCUCCUCUCCAUUCAUAACAAAAGCAUUGCUACCAGUGCGGGUGGGUCUCUGCAGUUCUCUCAGCAACGCCAGUUGCCUGUAACCCCUACGACAAGCAGUUUCCGCAGGGAGUAAGAAUGGGGCUUCUCCAGAUGGGGACAAUGAUUCAGGUGCUGGCGCUUGUCCUCAGCCAAAUCCAUGCUUUCCCCAAACCGGAGGGUAUCCAAGACAAAUCUCUACACAACAGAGAACUAAGUGUAGAAAGGCCUUUGAAAGAACAGAUUGCUGAAGCAGAAACAGAUCAGAUCCUGAAAAUAGCCCCUCCAGAAAACAAGGCAGGGGAAAGAAAUUAUUCUUCUGAUAACUUGAACCUGCUAAAGGCAAUAGGAGAAAAAGAGAAAAAGGAGAAAGAAAGGAAAUCAUUACAAAACUCACCACAUAAUAAGAAAUUGAUCAUGGAAGAGGUAGACUCAACCAAGAAUCGCAGACUGGUGGAUGACUAUGAUUCUACUAAAAGUGGAUUAGAAAAUAAAUCUCAAGAUGAUCCAGAUGGCCUUCAUCAACUGGAUGGAACUCCUUUAACUGCUGAAGACAUUGUCCAGAAGAUAGCCACCAGAAUUUAUGAGGAAAAUGACAGAGGAGUAUUCGAUAAAAUUGUUUCUAAACUUCUGAAUCUUGGCUUGAUUACAGAAAGUCAAGCAAACACACUGGAAGAUGAAGUGGCCGAGGUCUUACAGAAGCUAAUCUCUAAGGAAGCCAGAAAUAAUGAGGAGGAACCUGAUUAUCCUUCCAGCAGGACAGAGAACUAUGCUGAAAACCUCCCAGAGAAAACGACUAUAAAACCAGCCAUUCAAGGUGGUCUUACUAAUGGAGAAAGUGAUGAUACAGUACAUAAGACCUGGACCAUACCGAACACCUUGGAAAGAAGAAAUAAACUUUAUACUGAAGACAAUUUUGAUGACCUCCAAUAUUUCCCAAAUUUUUAUGCACUACUAAAAAGCAUUGACUCAGAGAAAGAGGCUAAAGAGAAAGAAACGCUGAUUACUAUAAUGAAGACAUUGAUUGACUUUGUGAAGAUGAUGGUUAAAUAUGGCACAAUUUCUCCAGAAGAAGGUGUUUCAUACCUUGAAAACUUAGAUGCAACAAUAGCUCUACAAACCAAGAAUAAGCUCGAUAAAAAUGCCGCUGACAAUAAAAACAGAUUCAUUCCAGAUAAGAGUCAUGAAGAAGCAGACAGUACAAAGGAAGAAGCAGCUAAAAUGGAAAAGGAAUAUGGAACACAAAAAGAUUCCACCAAAGAUGGGUCUAACACAGAAAAAAAUGAGGAACCAAAAGGGAAAACAGAGGCUUAUUUGGAAGCUAUCAGAAAGAACAUUGAAUGGCUGAAGAAACAUGAUAAACAAGGAAAUAAAGAAGAUUAUGAUCUUUCAAAGAUGAAGGACUUCAUCAACCAGCAGGCUGACAUUUAUGUGGAGAAAGGCAUCCUGGAUGAACAAGAAGCUGAGACUAUCAAACGUAUUUAUAGCAGCCUAUAGAAAAGACAAGGAAUCUAAGAAGGAGGCAAAAGGCCCCUAACUAUAGAGCGCUUAGGAUAACUUGCUCUAGCUUCAGGCAACUUCUAGUCCUGUGAUCUGAGUUCUUUUCAUUUAAGGAUUAAUAGAAAAUGCUGAAUUCACAUUGUAAUGAAUAUUUAAAAGUGAUGAAAAGUAGUUCUCUUGAUAUAAAGACUAACAAUAUAUUAGUAUCCCUUGAUUCACUAAAAAAAAAAAAGUAGCAUUUUGCGGAAAACAUGUGUAAAAUAAAAUUUUAUAUACUGAAUCCUUUUCCCUCACUGACAUAUUAUAAAAUCAGAAAUGGGUUCCUAUGGUAAAUAAAAAUCCUCCCAUGAACUGAGUUAAAACUUUUUUCAAGGAAGGAUUUAAAAUAGGUUCCCACCCCAGAGCAUGAUGGAUACUAUAGUAUCCCAAUGGCAAUAUGUCCACUGCAAAUUGUAGUUCCCACCAGCAGUUCACUUUGGGAUGUUAAAAUAAAUCUGUUCUUUUUUUUUUUCUUUCAAAGCCUCUUUAACAUAACAAGGUAUUGAGCCAUCUGCUUCUCUAGGUGCUAUUUUUAACAGCCUCUGAAUUAGACCAUGGGCUAGGCUCUUUGGGCACCACACCAAAAGGAUCUGGAAAUUGUAUAUUUUUCAUGGUUAACCUACAAGAUUAAGAAAUUCAUCGCCUAAUUUGUAAAUUCCAUAAUAGUGAGUUUUGGACCAUUGAAUUUAAGGGAUACCUGUGUGCCUCCCAAGAGGUCAAAUUAGGUCACUUAAUACACCUUAGAGCAAGAAAAAGUCUUAAGCCAAAUCAGUAGUUAUCUGAAUUGGAUGUGUUCCUAGAGCUAAAAAUGUUUCCCAACAAGGAAUACCAAGAGGUUCAGGCAAUGAGAUAGAAAUAAAUCAGGUGAAAAUCAUUUGCCUCAUUCUGAACCAAAGCUGACAGAUCAGCUUCCCUAGAGGAAGGGAAAGUUAAUGAGCUGAAAGUCCUUCCAAAGCCUCUUCCUCACUCCCUUUCCACAAACAUGCUGCUUAAAAUAAUCACUCAGAAAUGGCCUGACAGCUCCAUGAAAUGUUAUUAGGUUGAUGCUCCCAUAGUAAUCCAUGCUUUGAAAUUUUAUUAUUCAAUGUAAAUUAAUUAAAUGUAAAUGUUUUAUAUCUGUUUUCAUUUAAAAAUAAAAAUAUUCUGCUUUAUUUA